ACAAAGUAGGCAAACAGUGCGAAAACACAAUCGUUGAACAAAUUGGCGCCUUUAGUUUAGCAUUUUGAAAGAAUACAGGAACAUAUAAAGUUUUGGUUUCGAAAAAAAUGCCUCGAGCAACUAAAGCAAAAGCAGCAGCAGAUGGUGCCGCCGGAGGUGGUGUUCAAAAGAAAGGAGCUGCUCCUAAGCGGAAUAAGUUAUAUGCGAUGCCAGAAAAAAUAGCUGAAGGCACAAUUCUCACCGAUUUAUCCAAAGCUCAGUGGUUAAUUGGAUCUUCCAUUGGAACUGGUGGGUUUGGAGAAAUUUAUUCAGCUUCUCGCGUUGGUGAGAAAACUUAUAACUACGUUGUGAAGUGCGAGCCACAUGGGAAUGGUCCACUGUUUGUUGAAAUGCAUUUCUAUAUGCGCAACGCCAAAUUGGAAGAUAUUAAGAGAUUUCAGCGUGAGCGUGGCCUUAAGGCCAUUGGUAUGCCAUAUAUGAUUGGGAAUGGUUCAGUUGAACUAAAAGGCACCAAACAUCGGUUUAUUGUAAUGCCACGAUAUGGCAGCGAUAUUUCAAAACACUUGUUAGCAAAUGGACGACGUUUUCCCGAGGAAACCAUAUACAGACUGGCGUUACAAAUGUUGGAUGUGUAUGAGUUUAUACACUCGUGUGGUUACGUGCACGCAGACUUGAAAGCAGCUAAUAUACUCUUAGGCUACGGCAAAGAAGGCAAUAGUCAAGCAUAUUUAGUUGACUAUGGCCUAGCCUCACAUUAUACGACGAAGGAAUUUAAACCUGAUCCCAAAAAAAUGCAUAACGGUACUAUAGAAUAUACUUCUCGGGACGCACAUCUCGGUGUAGCUACAAUGCGUGCAGACUUCGAAAUAUUAGGUUAUAAUAUCAUAGAAUGGUCCGGCGUUCAAUUGCCAUGGGUAAAGGACAAUAUACUAACGGUACCAGUGAAAGUUCAGAAAGCCAAAGAAGAUUUCAUGGCAGACGUAACGCAUUGUUUAAAAACCUUAUAUUCUAAAGAUGUUCCAGGUCCUAUUGCCGAGUAUAUGAAGUAUGUAGCAAAGCUGGAGUAUAAUGAAAAACCUGACUAUGAAAAAUGCCGUAAAAUAUUCAGCACUGCUUUAAAAGCAAUGAAAAUAUCAAAUACAGGAGAUCUACGUUUUACGAUAAGUGACAAUAAUAACAAGUCUGUACCUUCCACAAGCAAAGGUCGCGGAAAAUUGCUAGGAAAGCGGGCAGCGGCCAUGGACACAUCAGUGGAAAUGUUUGCCAGUGACGACGAUGAUGAUGAUGUAAUAUUUGAAGAAAAGAAACCGGUUAAGAAAGCACCGCAAAAGCAACUGAAAACUGUGACAAAACGUUCGCCGAAAACUAUUGACAGUGUUUCAAGACUCUUGAAAUCAUCUCCUCGCAAUGCAACACCAACUUUGCGCCGUUCGCCUGAAAUGAAAACUUUCAAUAAGUUGUCACCAAAAGUAACUCCAGCUCGGAAGCGUCGAUCGACGUCUUUCUCGCCAAGAAAGGCAACACGUCAUUCACCUUUGCAAAAGAAAUUGCGAACCACUCCUCGUGAUGCUGCCAAUGGUAAAAGUUCCAGCACGCCAAGUACUUCGCAUUCUACACGUUCCACUCCUAUUGCUACAAGAGCGAAUAUAAAUUUCAGUCCAGCGAUUUCGUUAUCCACUUCGCGACAUGGUAAGACUGUUGUUAAUGACAACACAACGCCAGUACCCCGUACCGGUAAAACUUAUGAAUUCAAUUUUGAAUUAGAUGUCAGUAUGGACGCAAAUGUUAUUGUUAAUGUAAAACGUAAAAAGAAAGCCGCAGCGGCUAGUACCAACAGUGAUAGUGCCGCCAAGAACAGUGCUAAAACAAUGCGCUCCAAUGAGGAGACACCCGGGGAUAAAAGGAAUACACCAGUUACUCGCGUGAAAGUUCGGAAAUUGCCCAGUGAUGAUGCGUGCGGCAGUCCACCCACCCCAGCUGUUACUGUUAAAAAAUCUAGACGUGCGGUUUCAUAAAAAAACUCGUGUUGCUUAUUCAAUGUUUCAUUUGUAUUACUAGAAGACCUAUACAUUCUUUUUUUAUAAAUUAUAUGUACAUGUAUGUAAUUGUUUCUUAUAUAUUGCUCAUUUGUUAAAAAUUCAUAAUUGUUCCCUCCAUUGAAUAAGAUGCGCUUUGACGUAUCUUUCCUGGCAAGGGAUCCAAUACAUAAAAUUCGUUGAUCUGUACGCUGAAUAAAGUUUUUGUAAGAGAA